AUGGCCGAUCCGCUAUACGAGCUGCUGGCUCCGUACCUCGACAAUGCGGACUCACCACCCUCCCCGCGAGAUCCCCAGACGGCCGACUAUCUGUCACGGCUCAGCACGCUGUCCUUCCCAGACUUGACCACCAACGAGCCGGCCUCGCUACUACAGUCUGCCCAGUCACACCUUCGAAAUCUCCAGGCGCUCUCAAAACGAUCUCACAAAGCUGUCAUAGCCUCGUCUACACAUUUGACCAGCCUCUCAUCACUGCUACCGACUUUUGGCAACCAGGCCAGGGCAUUGAGCGAAGACCUGCCAGAACUGGAAGAUGCUGCUACAAAGUUCGCGCAGAAGUAUGAUCGGAGUACGGAGAAUGCAGUCUUGGACAGACGGAAACGGGCGGCCUUGCUGUCACGUAAUGCGGACAGAGUGUCGGAUGUGCUCGAUCUGCCGUCCUUGCUCUCGUCAACCGUGACGGCUGCCCAAGCUGGGACUGCUGGUCGUUCCACAGCAGCAAGCUCCACGACAUCGUACACUACUGCAUUGGAUAUCAGCGCACACAUCAAGCGGUUGAAGGCGCUAUAUCCACAAUCAGACCUCAUAUCGAACAUUGCAGUGCAAUCAGAUGCUGAGAUACAGAAUCUGGCCACGAUUCUCAUCACUUCGCUUCAGAGUCCCACCCUAAAACUUGCUGCUGCCAUGCGUACGGUAGGCUUGCUGAGAAGAGUCGCGCCAGAGUUGGCCGGGAAUGAGCACAACCUUGUGAAGCCUGGAACCCUCUCAACCAAGUACAUGACUCUGUCACCUUCUACAACGAAUGAUGAUGGUGCGCUUGGGUAUCUCUUCUUGAUUUGUCGUCUGCGUACGCUACAUAGUACCUUGGAAGCUCUUGAUCCGCUACGCGAGCUCGCAGACCAGGAGUCAGGGAGUCGCAAGGCUAGCUCAAACGGCAAGGCUUCAAAUCAGGCCGCAGCUACGACUGGCAGUCAAAGCGAGCGAUACCUCAAGCGCUACAUCGAGCUAUUUCGAGAGCAAAGUUUUGGUAUCUUGAGCAUGUACAAGAGCAUUUUCCCGACCAAUCCUCCGGAGCCGGAGUAUGAUGGUAACCACGACCACGUAGACGACUUGAAUGAUCCGCUGCUCCCAAUGCCAUCCCCAGUGGCCACAUUUGCGCUCCAUCUGGUCGAUAUGCUGGAAACAGCUCUGCAAGACUACCUCCCAAACAUCAGCGAAAAGGCCAGUCGCGAGUCACUUUUGACGCAAGUGCUGUACUGCGCAGGCAGUUUAGGUCGACUGGGUGCCGACUUUAGCAUGACGGUGGCGCUGCUCGAGGAGGAGACGGAGAGGAUGGAUGAGGACCAGGCUAGCCAGAACGAUGACCCUGAAUGGGUGCAAGUCAUGCAAAAGCAUAGGGUGCAGGCAAGUCGACUCGAAGUUCUGGCACGUGGAGUUGGGUCUGGGAGGAAGACGAGCAUGGAGGUGCAUUCUCCAUCAGCGAUGUCUCCCUUGCCAGGUUGA